GUGGGCAGUGGAGGAGGCGGCUGGGAAGCCUGUGGAAAUUCCAGAGAGGAGGACCAAGGAAAAGAAGUCCCGGGGGCCGUCUGCUGCUGAGCCAAGAUGGGUGACUGGAGCUUCCUGGGCGAGUUCCUGGAGGAAGUACACAAGCACUCCACAGUGAUAGGCAAGGUCUGGCUCACUGUCCUUUUCAUAUUCCGCAUGCUGGUGCUGGGCACAGCUGCCGAGUCAUCCUGGGGGGAUGAGCAGGCAGAUUUCCAGUGUGAUACCAUGCAGCCUGGCUGUGGGAAUGUCUGCUACGACCAAGCCUUCCCCAUCUCUCACAUCCGCUACUGGGUGCUGCAGAUCAUCUUCGUGUCCACACCAUCUUUGGUGUACAUGGGCCACGCCAUGCACACGGUGCGCAUGCAGGAGAAGCGGAAGCUGCGGGAGGCUGAGAGGGCCAAAGAGGCCCGGGGCGCUGGCUCUUACGAGUACCCAGUGGCCGAGAAGGCAGAGCUGUCCUGCUGGGAAGAAGUGAAUGGAAGGAUUGUCCUCCAGGGCACUCUGCUCAACACCUAUGUCUGCAGUAUCCUGAUCCGCACUACCAUGGAGGUGGCCUUCAUUGUGGGCCAGUACCUUCUCUAUGGGAUCUUCCUGGACACACUGCAUGUCUGCCGCAGGAGUCCCUGCCCCCACCCCGUCAACUGUUAUGUAUCCCGGCCCACAGAGAAGAAUGUCUUCAUUGUCUUCAUGCUGGCUGUGGCUGCACUAUCCCUCUUCCUCAGCCUGGCUGAACUCUACCACCUGGGCUGGAAGAAGCUCAGACAGCGCUUUGUCAAGUCUGGGCAGGGCAUGGCUGAGUGUCAGCUUCCUGGACCCUCGGCUGGCAUAGUCCAGAACUGCACACCACCCCCUGACUUCAAUCAGUGUCUGGAAAAUGGCCCUGGGGGGAAAUUCUUCAAUCCCUUCAGUAACAAGAUGGCUUCCCAGCAGAACACAGACAAUCUGGCCACUGAGCAGGUGCAAGGCCAGGAGCCAAUUCCUGGGGAGGGUUUCAUUCAUAUCCGUUAUGCCCAGAAGCCUGAGGUACCUAAUGGAGCCUCCCCAGGUCACCGCCUUCCCCAUGGCUAUCAGAGCGACAAGCGCCGUCUCAGCAAGGCCAGCAGCAAGGCCAGGUCAGAUGAUCUAUCAGUGUGACCCUCCAAUGUGGGGGAACCAGGACCAGGUGGGAACAAAGGAAGCUCAGAGAGGGAAGAUGUAUCCCUACUGACCCCAUCUCUCAUUCUCAUACCUGCUCUGUUCCUUUUGGGCUUCAAGUCCCAAUGGCAUUGCUCAUUUAUUCCAGAAGGUAGGACCAGGGCUCUGUGAAUGCAGGCAGAAACAUGGCUUCCCUCUCAGGCUGCUGUCCCUUCCCAUCCUCUACUCAGUGUGUGUAGAAGGCUUUUGGGUUCUUUAGUCAACUGGGUAGAGGAAGAAAAGGGAACAGUGGUAAAUCUGGCCUGGGAGGGAUAGCCAGAAGGAUAGAAUGGCUCUCUACAUACCAGCCACCACAUACCAGAUGGUCUCCAAGUUUCUACAGCUUCCUUGACCUGAUCACCCUUCUUCUUGCAAGUAAUAGCCCAAAGUUCCCAGCCAAUAAAGAGCAUCGAUCAAGGACCUUACA